AUGCAUCUCGCGCUUCCUACGAGGAAGUCGUCCAAUCCUGCGCCAUUUACACCCAGGUCGUCAAGAUUCCCAUCUUUCAGGAGAAGUCGAGUGCAGACCGUUGCCGUGUGCGCGUGUUUGGUUACUGCGGUGGUCUUCAUAUUCUCACAAAUAUUCGGUGGAGGCUCCGAAAGGAUCCCAGCAGGGACACCGCCGGUGGUGAUUGUGACGGUGCUGGAUCCAGACAAUUACAGCACAGACUACAUAAACAACAUCAAGGAAAACCGGAUGGAGUACGCGAAGAAGCAUGGCUACACUACUUUCUUCACGACUGCGAAGGAGUACGAUCUAGGUACAUCUCCGAAAUCCUGGGCUCGAGUUCCAGCGACUCGACACGCCUUGACAAACUUCCCCCACAGCACUUACAUCUGGUACCUGGACCAAGAUGCCCUCAUCAUGAACCCCGACAUGACCAUUGAAGAAGAGAUCAUGAACCCGAAAAAGUUGGAAAGCAUAAUGGUCAAAAAUCAACCAAUCGUUCUACCAGAGAGCGUUAUCAAAACCUACCCAAACUUGAAAGGUGGCAAUAUAGACUUUGUUCUUACUCAAGAUAAGGUCGGUUUGUCGCCGAGUAGCUUCAUCAUUCGGAAGGGGGCCUGGGCCAGAUUCUUUUUGGAUACUUGGUUUGAUCCUUUGUACCGGUCUUACAACUUCCAGAAGGCAGAUACCCAUGCUUUGGAACACAUUGUGCAAUGGCAUCCAACGAUCCUCUCGAAGCUGGCGCUUGUACCACAAAGGACCUUCAAUGGGUAUAGCAAGAUGGAGCUUGCAUCAGAGCAGGGCGCAUACCAAGAUGGAGACUUCGUCAUCCGAUUUUUUGGAUGUGAUCAGGCUGGGCGAAGCUGUCAAAAGGAGUCAGAGACUUUCUCGAAACAAUGGAAGAUCGCAUUUCGAUAA